UGGCCUGCAUGUUCCCUCCAGAUGUUGGUGCUGUCAGAUGAAGUCCCUCCUGAGAGGCUGGAGGAGGUCCUGGGCAACAUGCUGUGCAGGAAAGUUAAAAUAUAUGAGGGCUACGUGGACGACCACAGAAACACAGAUAAUGCGUGGGUGGAAAUGACUGCAUACAACAUACACUUGGACCGAAGCAAUGUGUCGCUGGCUGAGCUCAGUCGUAUGAUUGGAUUGAACCUGGCCUCUGAGGAGCUGGUCCGAUGGAGGGAUGUGAGCAGUUCCACACAGAUGUGCGGUCAGCAUAUAGAAGUGCUAAAUCGCAUUGCCGAGCUCCAUCGGAACUGUUCCUGAUGACCUGUUCAUUCUACUCAAGACCACCGCAAUCCACCUUACUAGGUGCUGCUUAAACCACACACCUCAUUAUUAUGGCAUCAAGUUCAUGUCCAGCUCAUUUAGAAACACAAACAGGAUGACACCAGAAUUCACAUAUCCCCUGUACAUUCUCCAUCAUUAAGACUGUUCUAUGCUUUACCAAACUGUACAUAUAACUGGGUAUUUUACUGAAAAAGGAAGGGUUAAGUUCCUUGAUCAUUCAAGGGAAGGGUGGAUCAUCCUGCUGCUGUACAGAAUCUGCAGAUCUCUUUCACUUGAAGGAAGUUCACAUGUGUAAUUAGCAGCAAUCAAGAACAUGGUAACUAAGUUUGCAUCUGCCAUACUUUUCCUUAAAGCCAUAUAGCUACAGGCAGUCCCCAGAUUAUGAAUGAGUUCCGUUCCUAAGGUUGUCUUUAAGCUGGAUGUGUAAGUAAAUUGGAAGUUAGAGUUCGUGUCUGAUGUCAGUCAAACAUUUGUCUUGGUAUAAAAAGCGUUGGAGAGACUAAUUUCUCAGAUGAGAUUCCACAAUCAGGGGGUGUUAGUGUGGCUUUACAUCCCGACAGUCCGAUUGAAAAGAACAAAGUAUUUGUCCUACCUCAGGC